GAUAUUAUCUGAUGACGUCGAACAUGUGAAGUUCGCUGCAACGUGUUCGUAGUGUUUUGGAACAUAAACAAGUAGUGAUUUCUCGAUUGCGGCCUUUACUAUUUAGUGACAAAAUAGUGCGUCAUAAUUGUCCUUUCCUUUAGUAAUUAAUUAUAAACAAAGAUGUCGACUUAUGGAAAUCAACCGGACUAUUUCAGCCAGAACAAUGAAGCUACGUUUAACUUUGAAAUGCCACCACAGCAGGAUUUUCAACAGGAAUUAAACUUCCAGACGUUCGAGGGGAAGUCAAACGUAUCUGGCAAUAUUUACGAAUCCAAUCCGUACUUAAAUCCAUCAGCUCCUUAUUCAGGUGAUGUAUACGGAUCUGGACAAGAGGGACGAGAUUAUUCUGGAGCAGGGGGAAAAUUUGAAGAUGAGCCGCCGUUACUUGAGGAACUGGGCAUUAAUCCCGAGUUCAUCGUACAAAAGACUCUCACCGUGCUGAAUCCUUUUCACACUCCUGAAGUGGCAGCUUUACAGGACACCGAUUUGGCCGGUCCUCUAGUGUUCUGUUUGGCCUUCGGUGGAUUUCUGCUUUUGUCGGGUAAAGUCCACUUCAGCUACAUAUAUGGCAUAGGAGUAUUAGGGUGUUUGUCGAUGUGGGCUCUGUUGAGCCUGAUGUCGGCUCAAGGUGUCACCAUAGGCACUGUAGUGACGGUUCUGGGUUACUGCCUCCUUCCAAUGGUCGGCCUCUCUGGAGUGAACGUAAUCCUGAGCUUACAAGGCUACGUCGGCAUUGUGUUGACCAGCGUGGCGAUUUUGUGGUGCAGUCUUUCGGCUUCCAAACUGUUUGUCACCGCUCUGGCCAUGGAUCAUCAACAACCCUUGGUGCUUUAUCCCUGCGCCCUACUUUACGGUGUUUUCGCUUUGAUUACAAUUUUUUAAUUCUCAGCAACCCCAUCAUCGUUAUUAAAUGUAAAAUGCGUCCUCCGCACAACUGCGCUGCGCCACGAGAUCCUAAUUAAUUAUUAAGGGCAAAUAUUUGUUUUGUAGUAAUGGUCUGCGUGAUCAUUUAUGUCAGGAAAGGUGUAUUCUUGCAGUAUUGGAAUGUUUUUCUUUCAUCAAUUAUUCAGAUAUUAACACUGUUAACUGAUGUAAAUGAAAUUAUCAUAUUUA